AUGCAAACUCCUCUCAACGGAGGAAGUGACACCAAUCUCCACACUCCAGCAGUGGAUGUCUCCGCGGCCAACGCACCAGCCAACGCCACAACGCUUGAGGAGUUUAAAAAGAUGUUCACCACCUAUGAAAAAAGGUCGGAGGAACAGGACAAGCUCGUGAACACCUUGACCAAACGGGUCGAAAACUUAAUGGCAAGGACUCGAGCAAUCCGUCCCCGCGGAACCACAAAGGUUCACGGGAAAAGACUCGACUUCACAACUCCACACGACAGGCCUGGAAUUUCGCGGGAACGUCCUUCGGGACAGAACCCCAGCGAAACAUCCUCUGCCAAGAAACGGAACUCAGUGAGUCGUCCACCUCCUGCUAAGGACACGGUGGCCAAUGAAGUCGAGCAUGUCGACUUGGAUCCCAGCGACGUCUCCAAAGAUACUGAGGAGGACGCUGACAAACAUCCAAGAAGAACCAGAAGCCGAUCGACUCGGGAAAUCUCCCCGUUCGAUAAACCAAUGACAGAAGAGGAGGAAAACCUCUACUGGAUCGAACAGGAAGAGCUAGCCGAGAAACAUGCCGAGAUUACUCGCAGCAAACGCCGACAAGCUCAGAACUCUGCUAGCGAGAAAUCAGACAUACGCGACCUGCGCGACUACAUAACCAAAACUGCAGCGGAAGUAAGGGCCGUCAAAUCCCAGAUCCACCACGCUACCAGUGCUGCCCCAGAGAUCGAUAGACUACUCGAGGGAGCUUGGAAAAUGCCUUUCACCGCACGCAUCUCUGAUACGAGGGUAUCUGACCUGGGAAAAAUCAAAGUACCAAAAGAAACAUCCGAUGUCGACCUCUGGAGCAUGUCCCAGGGGGAAGACGAACCCCUCUGCAAGUUCAUAAGCCGUUUCAAGCUGGUUAUGUCAAGGGUUAGUGGGAGAAGUGACAAGGUGGCCAUAGACGCGCUCAGAAAAACGCUCUGGUACAAGUCGAAAUUCAGAAAGUGA